AUGAAUGGUUACAGUGUGGCCACGCUGGGGGUCGAAGGAAUGACCUGCGGCGCUUGCGUAGCGGCUGUGAAAGAACAAUUACUAAAAGUGACCGGUGUUCGCGAAGUUUCCGUUUCACUGGCAACCAAUGAGUGCCAGGUGACUUUCAAGGCUCAGGACGUGGAAGUUGCAGCGUUGCAAGAAGCCAUCGAGGACUGUGGGCUUGGUGCAAGCACGUUGAACGUGCAGGAAGCGUUACAAAAAAAAAUCACAUCGGACAUAAUAAAAUAUCAAGUGCACGGAAUGACAUGUUCCAACUGCGUUAUAAGUGUGACGAAGAGCGUGCAGGAAGUGCCGGGCGUUCGUGACGUAGCCGUAUCACUGGCCACAGAGGAGUGUCGUGUGAUAAUCGAUGCAAGCGGAAGCGCGGGCUUAGAAGCAAGUAUCAAGACAGUAGCAGAAGCUAUCGAGGACUGCGGUUUCGAAUGCGAGCUGGGGGGCAUUGAAAGGGCUACUAUCGCAGGAUCUCCUGCUCACAAGACCGCACAACUCAAAAUUUACGGAGUUGUCGAUGAGCAAGGCGUCAGUGCCGUGAAAAGUGAUCUGAAUCAGCUUCCUGGUAUAGUUAACGUCUCUAUAGACCUGGGAAGACAGCAGGCCGCCGUGCAAUACGACCCGGCGAGUAUCGGUGUUCGUGCAAUUGCUCAACGCAUCGAAGCGCUAGGAUACCAGGUUGUGGCCGCCAAUGGGUUCGACAACACGGCCCAGAUCCAGUCCUUGGCCAAAGUACGAGAAAUCCGGUUUUGGAAAAAUUCGUGCAUCCAGGCGUGUUGCGGCAUGGUGACCAUGCUGCUGCUCUACAAGCUAAUACCGAGGUGGAUUCCCGGACUUCGAAAUUCGGCAAUGUACCAACAGACACCGCUGCCGGGUCUUUUUUACAGGGACAUCGUGGGACUGAUUUUGGCAAGCUACAUUCAAUUUUGGGUGGGCCGUCACUUUUACAAAGCCGGAUGGUUGUCUUUCCGCAAGGGCUCUGGGUCCAUGGAUACUUUUGUGGUAGUCUCGACCAUGUGUGCCUACACUUUUUCGGUUUUUUCGAUGCUAAACAACAUAUGGAAAAAGACAGACCGUUUGCCCAAUGUGGUGUUCGACGCUGCGACCAUGCUAAUAGGAUUUAUUUCCGUGGGAAAACUACUGGAAAACAAGGCAAAGUCCAGGACUAAUGACUCUUUAAUGAAGCUAAUAUCCCUGGCUCCGUCCAAGUGCACAAUAAUAGAAAACGGCGUCACAAUGACUAUCCCCGUCGAGUUUUUACAGGUUGGGGACAUCGUAGAGGUGAAGCCAGGCGCCAAAAUCCCAACAGACGGUGUAAUAAUAGAGGGUGAGAGUGAGAUAGAUGAAUCGUUGAUGACUGGAGAGUCGCUUCUGGUGCCGCGAUUUGUGGGCGCGCCGGUGGUCGGUGGUUCUAUAAAUGGUCCCAAACUCUUUUUUUUCAGGGCCACUAAUGUUGGAGAAGACACCAAACUGGCUCAUAUCAUCAGAACAAUGAAGCAAGCGCAAUUUUCAAAGGCCCCUAUUCAGCAAUAUGCGGAUUAUCUCGCGGCUAGGUUUGUACCCUGCAUCCUGACACUUGCCCUGAUAACGUUUGUUACAUGGCUGAUCUUAUCACACUACCUCGAAAACCCACCGGCGAUUUUCGACGACCAGAAUGGUAAAUUCUUCAUUUGCUUGCAAUUGACAAUAUCUGUCAUCGUGGUAGCGUGCCCCUGUGCGCUUGGUCUAGCGGCUCCAACUGCAAUUAUGGUUGGUACCGGCCUGGGAGCACGUCAUGGUGUUCUCAUCAAGGGUGGUGACAUCUUGGAGAACUGCAUCUCUCUGGAUACCAUUCUUUUUGAUAAAACCGGUACCUUGACAACUGGAAACAUGCUUGUUGACCAAUAUGUUCCCAUGGGGGACUGCACCGCUCUUACGGUGGAGCAAGCUGGUUGCAUUAAUGCACUAACGUCGCUCAGCGAUCACCCGGUAUCCAAAUCUUUGACCCAGUUCACCUCGCAGUAUCUGACAGGAUCAGAAACUGCAGUUAGCGUCAUCAGCAGUGAAGCAGUAAUUGGAGGCGGUCUAAUAGGAGAAUGUGAGGUUUUGGGCACCAAGUACCACGUUGUUAUCGGUAAUAAAACCAUCUUGGAUACAUCAGAACAUCUUCCGGAGCCUCAACGGACGGUCUCUUACGUCGAAAUUGAUAAGCAGUUGGUAGGCAGAUUCGAGGUUAGUGACACCAUCAAAAGAGACGCUAAACAGGUUAUUGCGUACUUGUCAGCUCAGGGCCAUCGCAUCUGUAUGGUAACCGGAGAUAAUCACAAUUCCGCCAUGAAAGCAGCCUUGGAGUUAGGAAUUGAAGCGAAUAAUGUUUACAGCGAGCUUACGCCAACACAGAAGAAUGAUUUGGUCGAGGAGCUGAAGGAAAACGGUCGAAGCCGGGUUGCAUUUGUCGGGGAUGGGAUAAACGAUUCUCCCGCGCUGGUGACCAGUGAUUUGGGAAUAUCCAUUUCCACAGGAACAGAUAUUGCCAUGGAAGCGGCAGACGUCGUUAUCUUGAGUCGUCCGGAGGCAAGCCGGGCCUCUCUGUGUGAAGUUGUCUAUGCUUUAAACAUAGCCAAGGCUACUUUGAACCGCAUUCGCAUGAAUUUUUUCUGGGCCAUUUGUUACAACAUCUUCAUGGUGCCUAUCGCGAUGGGAGUUUUAGUUCCUUGGGGCAUUACUUUGGACCCCAUCGUCGCUGUUGCAUGCAUGGCUGCCAGCUCCGUCAGUGUUGUCGGAAGCUCACUCUUGUUGAAUAGAUGGACGCCGCCCACACUGAACGCAGCAGAAGGCAAAAGAAAGAAGAGAAAUGUCUUCUCUGCAUUGCUUAACAAGUUCAAAACGCGGAAGCAUGAACCUCUGACUGAGGACCUCGAGCUUCAAACAGGACUUAUGGCUUGA